AUGGCUUCUUCUGCUACUGGAUUACCUAACUAUACUGCUACUGAUUACGCCAAGUUUGCUUUGGCCGGUGCCAUUGGAUGUGGUGUUACCCACGGGGCCAUGACUCCCAUCGAUGUGAUCAAAACCAGAAUUCAAUUGGAACCAACUGUUUACAACACUGGUAUGGUUGGAUCCUUCAAAAAGAUCGUUGCGGGUGAAGGUGUCGGUGCUUUAUUGACUGGUUUGGGACCAACCAUCUUGGGUUACUCUAUGCAAGGUGCUUUCAAGUUUGGUGGAUACGAAUUAUUCAAGAAGACCUUCGUCGAAUACUUGGGUUUGGAAACUUCCAAGAAUUACAAGGAUGCUAUCUACAUUGGUUCUUCUGCUUUGGCUGAAUUCUUCGCUGAUAUUGCUUUGUGUCCAUUGGAAGCUACCAGAAUCAGAUUGGUGUCUCAACCUACCUUUGCUAACGGUUUGAUUGGCGGUUUCUCCAGAAUCUUCAAGGAAGAAGGUGCUGGUUCUUUCUACAACGGUUUCACCCCAAUCUUGUUCAAGCAAAUUCCUUACAACAUUGCUAAGUUUUUGGUUUUCGAAAGAGCUUCUCAAGCUAUCUUCGGUUUCGUUCCUACUCCAAAGUCCGAAUUGUCCACUCUUUCUUUGACUGGUAUCGACUUACUUGCUGGUAUCAUCGCUGGUUGUUCUGCUGCUUUCGUUUCUCAACCUGCUGACACUUUGUUGUCCAAGGUUAACAAGACCAAGAAGGCUCCAGGUCAAUCCACCAUUGGCUUAUUGGGUCAAUUGGCCAAAGAAUUGGGUGUCAAGGGCUCAUUCGCCGGUUUGCCAACCCGUUUGAUCAUGGUGGGUACUUUGACUUCCUUGCAAUUUGCCAUCUAUGGUAAGAUUAAGGGUGCCUUGAACUGUCCUCCAGCUGUUACCUUGUAA